AUGGCGGGCACUGAAGCCUUUCUUGUAGAUGAAAACUGGUUAAAACAAGCGCUGAACCCAAUGAAUAUAUUUUCAAAUCGUAAAGGAAAAGCUGCAGAAACAUUUAACAUCCUCCGUGGACUAAAAUUUAAACGAUCAGAAGACGCAGACUUUGACGAUGCUCCCGGUAAAGAUAAGACGAUGUGCAUUGUGGACAGCGGUAUUGCAUUCAAUUCGCCGUAUCCAGCAAUGUUGCGACCAGAAAGAAAUGUCGAACUCGUCUUGUCUUUCGAAUUCAGUAAACGCGAUAGAGACGAGCCUCCGUUCAAGGAACUGUUGAAAGCCGAAGCAUGGGCGGAAAAACGUGGUCUUCCAUUUCCACAAAUCAAAGGGAACCCAGUCACGGAGGAUCCUGAGAUUCGCGAAUGCUGGGUUAAACGUGUGACGAUGGAGGAUCGAGACUUCGCCAACUUCGAUAUCUUUGAUGACGCUGACAAACCCUAUUCAACCUUCGAGUUUCAGUACAAGAAACGAACAUUUGAUCGACUGAAGGAAAUGAUGAAAUUCAACACGUUGUUGAAUAUGGAUCUCAUCAAGGAAAAGAUUGCAUACCAAGUUGCGUUGAGAAAAAACAAUCCUCAUUUGCUCAUUUGA